AUUGCGAGAAAGCAGUUUCAUCGAUCCAACUGUCGUUUAUACGUCUAUACCUGACGCAAUUCUGGAGGAUUUAUGCAGGUAUAUGAUUAAAAAAGUCCUUGAAGUGCUAAAGGAGAAUCAACCGCUUUCUCAUAAACUUGCCUUCGGAAGAUAAGGAUGACAUGGUUCGUGUUUUCUUUCAAAUUGAACAAGCUCAUUGGUAUUACAUCGACUUCUACUGCCAAGAACAAAAUUUACCAUCGUAUGGAUUAAAAGAAUUCUCUAAAAUAAUCUUUGAGAAAUUUCCUUUUCUCAACAAGAGCAAUCAAACCAUCGAUAAACUAAUGAACACAUGGAAAAAAUACAAGUUCAGUGUCCCUGUUUAUGGAGCCAUUUUGUUGAAUUCGGAACUGGACAAGUGUGUCCUAGUUCAAGCCUUUACAAACAAACCAACUUGGGGUUUUCCUCGUGGCAAAUUGAAUAAAGAGGAAUCUGCUUAUGAAUGCUCUAUAAGAGAGGUUUUGGAAGAAACGGGUUUUAACAUCCAACCGUUUGCGAACAAAGACGAUUAUAUCGAGAGUUCUCUUCACGAUCACCUGGUGCGUUUAUACAUCGUUCAAAACGUUCCCAUUGAUACAGAAUUCAAGACAAGAACACGAGGAGAAAUAAAGGAUAUUCAAUGGUUUAACAUCAAAGAUCUACCAGUUCAUAAGAAAGAUUCGCGAAUGAAGGAUACGAUUGGUCUUAGUGCUAAUAAUUUUUUCAUGGUGACACCGUUUAUGAAAGAAUUGAAAAAAUGGAUAAGCGAGAAACGAUCAAUGGUCUCCCUUGAAGAAGAGACAAGGAAUUCGCAUCCACAAGCUCAACUUCAACGUUUGCUACAGUCGGAAGAGGCCCGCUUGAGUAUCGAAAACACACGUGUCAAUGAAGAAAGACGCAAAGAAGAAGCACAAAAGAAAUUCCUUCACCAAAUGGCCGUAUAUCAUCCGUUAUCACCGAUCGAAAAUCGCAAGUCAGUCAAAGCUGGUUUUGGUAAAACGGCGCGCAAACAGGCUAAAUUUCCAUCGGAACAUCCAGAUACAAGACAGACAAGUGGUCCAGUGUCUUUCAAAAUACUGAAAAGAUCGGAAACAGGUCGUCGCAACAGCCCGGACGGCAGGCGAGAUCUAUCGAGGUCGUCGUUGAGUCCUUCGGCAAUCCAGGAAUCACAACUCAGUCACACAAGAACUUUAUCACCUUCGAAGAAUUCAGCGUUCACGCGUGUUUCGCGCACGAAAAACGCGCGACCUUCGAGACAAAACAAUUUGCUUUUUUCUAAAAGCUCUGCAAUCUUUAAGGGCUUCAGGAUUGCUCCUUCGGCAUGGCUAAAUUUUCGAUUUGAUAAAAAGCUGUUUUUUGAAGCUUUGAAAAAUUAAUCGUCGCGACUCUUCGUAUCAAUUUUUAUAAAUAAUGGUAUGUUUUUAAACUAGCAUAAAAAUAAGUCAGCCAUGAUUUUAGAUACUGUACAUUUUGAUUGUAGAUACGUUUUUUUUAAUUUUCUCAUUAUAUUUUUAUAACAGUUUUUUCAAUAGAAACUUAUUCUUUGAUAA